ACCCGGCAGAGCCCCUCCCUCAUCGGCACAGUUGACUCACACACUGUAAGAGGACACCAGGCCAGGGUUGUUCUGCACUCCGAGGCCACAAAUAUCUGCCAGCUGAACCCGGACGCCUGGAAACCCUUUGCAUUUAAAGAAAGAAGAAAGAAGAGCGAAGCUCCAGCCAACAUGAUGUGUCUGAGGAUCGGUGCGCUGCUGCUGCUCCUGGUCGCUGGGACGUUCACACAGGACGGAUUCGACCUGUCCGACGCUCUGGAUGAUCUGGCGCCGAAGCCAACACCUGCAAAGCCCAAAGAGCAGCCCAAGGCUCCUGAACAACCCAAAACCAACGGGGGGCUGGACCUCUCUGAUGCGUUUGGUCCAGAUGAGCCAGUUCCGACUAAAAAACCCAAGAAACCGAGUUCUGGAGAUUCUGGGGGUUUUGGGCUAGAUCUGGAGGACGCCCUGGGUCCAGACCCCAACCCCAAACCGGACAAACCUGUGGUGGACCCCCCAAAGCCCCGAGGUGGAGGAUCGUUUGGAGACUCUGAUUUGUUGGAUGUCAGCGGCGGAGACUACAAACCUGAUGGAGGACGCUCCGGAGGAGGGCGAGCGGUGGACCCGGGCUACGACUCUCAGGGCGGUGCUGGCGACCAGCCUCAAGAAGCUGGAGCCGGACCGAUUGCGGGCAUCGCCAGCGCUAUCGGAGUGGCGCUACUCGGAGCGGCGUCCAGUUACUUUGCUUACCAGAAGAAAAAGCUCUGCUUCAAGAUACAAGGAGGUGCAGAUCCAGAGAGUGGUAAAGGCCAGCGGUCUGAUCCCCAAGUUUUCAGCGAACUGCUCAGGACAUCCUAAACCGAGUCGGCAUUUGACAACUCAGCGGCCUUCUCUCCAAAACCCACUCCAUCCAACUGGCCGUCAACGGCCGUCUUCAGUCUCAACGAUUCCUCUUUCCUGUUACACAACUUCAGCCUCACUUGAAAACUAUAAAAACCAUAAGUUGUUUUAUUUGGAACCAACCUCAGCCACCAGUGGAGAUUUCUUUGAUGAUUUUAACUGAAAAUAGCGUUUAACUAUUUUCUUAAACUCAAACAUUUGUUGCACAUUUCUUAAUUUAUAUUUGCAUUGCUCCAUAAUUUUACCCCAACAGUAGAAAUGCCUAUAUUUCCUUUUAGUUUGCUUUUUGACAACUAAAAAAUCCUCUCAAAUCAUAUUUACUUUCAUAUAUUGAAUAGACAACCUUUGGAUACGCAUGGAAGUGAUUUUAAAUGUUUCCCAAAGCCCAAGAUGACCUAAAAUGUCUUUUUGUCCACAACAAAAAGAUAUUCAGUUUACAGAGAAGAAACGAAAAAAUAACAAGCACAAUUAACAAGCUGACAAGUUUCACUAUUUUUAUAUAAAAAUUGUCUUUCAAUUCUAAUAAGUGUUCAAUUUGACAUUGUGUGGUUCACUGCCACGCACAACUCAAACAAGGUGUUUUUUACAGUUUACGUGAGCUGAGAGGAAUUCCCUCUGUCCAUCUAGUUUUUUUUCUUUAGCACCUUAAAUCCUAAAAGUUUUGUUCACCCAAAAGGAAAAGAAAAUCAGGGGUAUCAAGUCGUAGUUUUCUUUGCCCAGGUGUUACGAUAUCCGAGUCUGCGAUUUCUGCCUAAUUUUAUUUCGUUCUAUUACGUUUUUUUUGUGUUUGUACAGCCUCACUUGAAAACUAUAAUACCAUUAGUUGUCUAUCUUUUAUAUAAAACCAUCGAAGCUUUUCAUGAUGAGGUCAACUAUUACUACUUUUCACAUGGAUUUGUUGUUUAGGGCUUAAAUGUACAUUAAACUGAAUUUAUCGACUCAUACUUUAUGCUGAUGACACUGUCCUUUACAAACAUGUAAACCUGGAAGAAGUAAACCAGGUAGUAAUAACAAACAUGAAAUGAGUGAAAUAUACUCCUAAAAGAGGAGGAAUUACACAGAAAAGCUGGGUUCUCUUUGCAAUCAAAGUUCAAGCCAACGUCUGAGAGUUUACAGCUAUCCUUUUAAUCAUCAUGUAACUGGAUCUAAAUCCAUCUGAAGGAGCUUUUUGAUCGCGAUGUAAAACUGACCACAUGUACAAAUCCAAUAAAAGGGAGGUGGUGUUGGAAGUAAGAGAUCAAAUGUUGUAUAUGUAACAUACAGUGUAAGCUUCAUCUUUUUUGUUCUUCGUGUGCUGCAAAAUUGAUUUUGUUUGUAAUUUGAUUCCUUAAAGUCUGUUAAAGCUGCACCAACCCAUAUUUUAAAUUUUGCCAACAAAUUUACCAAACAUUGGCUCCUAGGGGGCGCUGCAAAUGUUUCUAUCUAAUGAAGUUCUCAUGCGAUUUUUACAGAACUUUGAGUACCAUCUAGGGCCACGCCUACAAAGUUGUACUGAUUGGUCGGAGUGGGCGUGGCCUAUUACAGCCCCAACAAAUGGGCCAUUGCACUUUGGUUUCUACUUUGUUAGUCUCGUUUUCAGAGAAUAGGUUUUUUGGAAUCAACGAGAGAGAAGUUACCUGAUAAGAUGGAGCGUUUCUGCAGUCUCUGGAUUUUACUUCUCAGCUUUGACCCUUGUCGCUUGCUGUAGCAGAAAAUAAGCCGGGAAAGACGUGUGGAAACUUUAAUGAAAUCAGAUGUGAUGCCUCGAUGGCUUUACGCUGUAAAAAGUCCAAUAAGAUAUCGAUGUGUGGAAAGAGAAGCCUGAUUGGUCUAUAUUCUCUGGGGGUGGGCCAUACACACAUUUUGGGCUAAUCAUUUGUAAGCUUUUUUGUUGCAUUAUUAAUUUCCUUUUUUCACCUUUCUGAUGCCUUAUUCCAUCUUACUCCGGCGUUUAUCAGGUUUUUUGUCGCCCAUUUUGUAGCCCUUUCACACGUUUUCAUCUGUUUCUUCAGGGGCUUGUGUUAUGAUGUUAAAAAGGGUUGCACAAUGUAAAUACUUAAAAAUGUGUAUAAAUCCUCUGCUUUAGGCCUGAUGCUGUGUUUUGUUGUCGUUUACAUCUUAAGAUUAGAAGAAUGGUUCUUUUGUGAGUGGAUUUAAAGUGUGUGCAUGUUUCCAAUAAAGUGGUGCUGUACAGUU